UUAUUAUAUGAAGAGAGAUAAACUUUUGUGCCUUCUUCAUUAAUAUUAUUAGUUUGUAAGACCAUAAACGAAAACAAAAAUCCUUAAAUUAUUCAUUCCCAUUACUGCUUAUUUUGUAGAAUCAUAGACGAAAACAAAAAUCCCCAAAUUUUUUAUUCUCAUUACUGUUUAUUUUGGUACAAGUAUAAACAAUAAGCUUUCGUGCCUUCUUCAUUACUAUUAUUAGUUUGUAAGACCAUAAACGAAAACAAAAAAAUCCUUAAAUUAUUCAUUCUCAUUACUGUCUAUUUUGUACGAUCAUAAACGAUAAACUUUGUUCCUACGAUAACAUUAUUAUUAGUUUGUACGACCAUAAACGAAAAUAUGUACUGGAUAUCUAUGAUGUGUGUAUGUAUGUAUGUGUGUAUGUAUGUACAUAUGUGUGUACAUGUAUAUGUAUAUAGUAUGUAUGUGUGGAUAUGUUUUUGUAUAUAUGUGGGUAUAUUUUUGUAAAUGACAGGUAAGCACUUCAAUGAUGAUUAAAAAAAAAAAAAAAAAAAAAGUGAACCACGUGAUAAUGUAAAACAAUUGGGGUAGGACUCCAUAAGUUUUUUAAACUUCAUUCUACUCCUUUUGAGCACCAGGUCCCAAAUAUGUCAUGUCCAUAUCACUAUUUUGGUUAUUGUAUUUGAAUUUUGUUGUACCUGCUCAAACAAAGAAAUGAAUGAAUGAAUAUGAUAUUGUGAUAUACAGUGAAUCAAGUGGACAAAGUUUGUCUCAGUCAAAGAAAUACUGAAUCGUCUCUCUCUCUCUCUCCUUUCAGGUCUUGGCAGUCCCCAAGAUGGCGUCCCGCGGAACAAAGCUCCUAACCGUAGUACUUCUCUUCCUUUUCCACCUCUCCUUAUGUUACGGAAAAUUAAAAGGCAAAGACAUCUCUCCAAUGAAGUUCACCCAUCCCGUCUACAACACCACCAUUUUUGAAAACCCCGCCCCUCGCACUUACAUAGAAACACCAAUCAAAAUGGGCAUCGAACUCAUUGAUCCUUUAUGGCAAAUCAAAUUCAAUAUAGUAUCUGGUGACGAUGAAGAAUUUUUCCAAGCUGAAUCACUCGUCGUUGGAGAUUUUACGUUUCUGAGGAUCAAAACGAGAGUUAGCUUCUCUUCUUCCAUAAAUCGAGAAGUUCAAGAUAUCUACGCACUUACUGUCGAGGCAACGGAAAGCACUUUUGAUCUUAAAACCAAAACCAAAGUGAUGGUUCAAGUUCUAGACACCAAUGACUUAAAACCGCUUUUCUACCCCGCAUCAUAUUACGUCACGAUUAGCGAAGAUUCUCCUCUGCAAAGUAGCGUGGUCACAGUUAGCGCUACUGACGCAGAUUUGGGUAGCAACGCUGAGUUUUAUUAUUUGUUCACGACGCGCUCACAUCCGUUCACUGUUGACCCUUUUACGGGAAAGGUGAACUUGUUCAGGAAGCUGAACCACACCAGAAAUGAAAAAUACGAUCUUACCGUUUUAGCCGAAGAUCGAACCAAGAAGAUCUCGGGUGUUCAGAAAUUUGGCAAUGUGGCAAGAGUGACCGUAAACGUACAAAAAACAAAUAAAACUCACCCGAUUAUAACUCCGAGUCCAAAACCUGCUAUUUCAUCUGAUGGCAAAGUUACAGUCGAUGUCCACGUUGAACCAGGGAUCAAACCUGUGCAGUCUCUACAAAUCAUAGAAGGAGAUUUUGACAAGUUUUUUGACAUAAUUCCUUCAGGAGUCCAAGGAAAUGAUUUUCAAAUAAUAUCCACUAAGGAAAUCAGUUGGUCACAGAUACCUCGCGGUUUAAAUUUGUCAUUACAAGCAAAAGAUAGUAGCUUUCCAAGUUUGCUAUCUCCAGUCACAAAAGUCUACAUACCUGCAGUUCAUUACACGCCUUUGACAUUUUUGGAAGACACUUACAUCGUUUCUUUAAGUGAAUUUGCGCCACCAAAAACGCACGUUGUCAAAGUUUCGACCACACCUGAAUCCUACAACGUCAGCUAUAGCAUAAAAGCGAACCCGGACUCGGCCAAAUUCAAGAUAAACCACAAAAGCGGCAUUAUCGUCACCGGCGAUUAUUUCGAUUUCGAAACAAAACGGCGGUACGAAUUUGACGUCAUCGCUAACGAUGGAGAAGCCGAAACUCAUAUCGUGGUUGAGAUUACAGACGAGAACGACAACGCGCCGCAGUUCCUUAAAAAUUCUUACCACGCUACGUUAGACGAAAACAGCCCGGUUGGGAGCAGCGUUUUGAAAGUCAGCGCUAUUGAUAAAGAUUUAGGCAUGAAUGGAUUGGUAACUUAUUCAAUCGCUAAUACAAACCCGGUACCGUUUACGAUUGACCCGUUUACUGGUAUCAUAUCCGCCUCUGAACACUUGGACUAUGAGUUAAUGAAAAGACAGUACCACCUUAGAAUUUGGGCUUCGGAUAGCGGGAGUCCGUUUACUCAAGUUAGCGAAAGCCCUGUUACGAUCAUCCUAAACAAUUUAAACGAUAAUACGCCGUUGUUUGAAAGGGUAGACUGCAAUACAACUAUCCCGAUCGACUUACCCGUACAGCAGGCAAUUGUCCAGCUAUCUGCUAUCGACCUGGAUGAGUUACAGCAACUGAAAUAUGUCAUCGAAUCAGGCAACGAACUUGAAAUCUUCGCGACAGAUUCACAGGGCGCUAUCAAGCUAAACAAGCCAAUACCGCCCAAUUCAAACGCUUUUAAUUUGAAGGUCAUAGCCACAGACGGAAAGCACAAAUCCGAGGCUUCGAUAGUCAGAGUUACUGUCACGAAUCCAGGAGAGGACGCUACUUUUCACUGUCAAGAAACCGGGAUCUUUAAGCAAGUUACGGACAAGUUAAUCGAGUCUAUCAAACCGAUUUUAACCAACCAGGGGGAAGAGACUUUUUCAGACAAAUACAUUACAAACAGACACUCCCCCAAGUUUAACCUCAGCAUACCCGGGUCCAUUGAUUUAGUGGAAGAUUACCCGUUAAAUUCCACUAUUGUCCAGUUCAAAGCUACCGACGGCGACACAGGAAUGAACGGAAAGCUUGUGUACGCGAUUUCAAGCGGGAACGAAGACGGUUGUUUUGUCGUUGACGUAUUUUCAGGCGAUUUGAAGCUAGUUUGCCCCUUAGAUCGCGAGACUAAGGAGUUUUACAUUUUGAACAUCACCGUUUCCGAUCUGGGAAUGCCACCGAAAUUAGCUUGGAAGCUGAUUGCCGUGAACGUAAUGGACGUCAAUGACAAUCCGCCUAUUUUUAGCCAGCCGAGAUCUGUAAUAAGAAUUCCUGAAAAUAUCGAAGUUGAUUCAGUCGUUUUUACAGCUCGGGCUAGUGAUUUUGAUAGUGAAACCAACGGGAAUAUACAAUACACCCUUCUCACAUCUACGGACUUGUUUACGAUUGACAAACUUACUGGAGAGAUUGCAGUAACGAGCCGAUUGGACAGAGAAACUUUACCAAGACAUGACUUAAAAAUCGAAGCAAGAGACCAAGCAAAAAUUGGACCUCAGUUAUUCUCAACACUUGAUUUGGUUGUUGUCGUUGAAGAUAUUAAUGACAAUCCACCAAAAUUCAACCCAAAAGUUUACAAAAUCAAAGUACCGGAAGAUGUACCAGUUGGAACGCUUCUAGUUUGGUUGGACAGCGCUGAUUUGGAUCUCGGCAGUGGCGGCCACGUAACGUACAAUCUUAAAAACACGGAAAACGGGAUAUUCCAUCUCGAUUCCACCACCGGGGCGUUGACUUUGGAGAGAGAGCUGGAUUUUGAGCGGCGACCGUCUUACAACCUCACAGUCCGAGCGGUGGACCACGGGAUGCCCAGGUCUCUCUCUUCGUCCUGUUACGUGGAGAUAGAGGUGCUGGAUGUGAACGAGAAUUUGCACAGACCGGUGUUUUCGGAGUUUGUGUACGAUACGGUGUUGAUGGAGGAUUCGCCGGUCGGGACUUCCGUGGUGACGUUAACCGCUUCGGACAAAGAUUUGGGGCGAGAUGGGGUCGUGAGGUACCACAUUCACGGCGGCUCAGGACUCGGACUCUUCACCAUCGAUGAAGAAUCAGGCGUGAUCCGUACCACAGAGCCCGUGGACAGGGAGACCACCCCUCACUACUGGCUCUCAGUGUACGCCACAGAUCUGGGGACCGAACCGCUCGUCUCCUGGUCUCACGUCUUCGUUGAGGUGAUGGACGUGAACGAUAACGCCCCGGAGCUCAGCCAGCCCGUGUACUUCGGAUCGGUCCCGGAAAACUCUCACGAGGUCCGGUCCGUGGUCCAGGUCCAGGCCACGGACGCAGACAGCUCCUCCGACGGUCAGAUCACGUACGACAUGCUGGAGGCGCACAGGGCGUUCUUCAGCGUGGACCCCAAAACAGGAGUGAUCAGCACGCACGCAGCUUUGGAUCGAGAGGAGAAGCCUGAGCACACCAUCGAGGUGAUAGUGUCUGAUAACGGCUCUCCUCCUCUGAGAUCCACCGCCUCCGUCGUGAUCCGGGUUUUGGACGUGAACGACAAUCGGCCCAAAUUCACGGAUAAACUGUUCCACGUGAAGCUCCCGUCGCAGAGGCAGACGGCGGGUAAACAGGAAGUGUGUCGUCUGGUUGCCCGUGACGACGACGAGGGUCAGAACGCGGCGGUGACGUACAGGCUGCAGGGCGACUUCGGCGAGAGCUUCGACAUAAACUCAGAGACCGGAGACGUUAUGGUCCACGGAGACUUCGUGCCGGGGAACUACAGCAUCCUCACCAUUAAAGCCACAGACCAGGGCAAACCAGCACGAUCCAGCACGGCACGCUUAGACAUCGAGUGGAUAUCGCUCCCGCCCCCUGUCUCCGAGCCUAUCACGUUUGAGGAGCCGCGGUUCAACUUCGCCAUCAUGGAAACCGAACCCGUCAAUCACCUGGUGGGCAUCAUCGUCACGGAAACGCAGCGACAGUGGUGGUUCGAUAUCGUAGAAGGAGACGAGAAUAAGGACUUCUACAUCCAGAGGAACACUGGGACUCUGUCUGUGGCUCAGAGACUCGACGCAGCUCGAAAAUCCAACUACUCCCUCCCUCUCUCCCUCCGUCUCUCUCUGUCUCUGUGUCUUCCACAGGCGUACAUCCGGGUGUUGGACAUCAACGAGCACAGGCCGGUCUUCCUCAAGUCUCUGUAUGAGGUCCGGGUUCCAGAGGACACAUCCCCCUGGAAAGACCUGCUUCAGAUCGGAGCAGAGGACGCAGACAGGAACAGUAACCUGCUGUUCUCCAUCCACAGCAGUCUGCCCCGGGGCAGCUCUGACCUCUUCCACCUCGACCCAAAGUCAGGGAUCCUGGUCCUGACUGAGAACCUGGACUAUGAGAAGACUUCCACCCACACUCUCAUCAUCAUGGUGCGAGACCAGGAGAUCCCGAUCAAGAGGAACUUCGUGAAGGCAGUGGUUCACGUGGAGGACUGUAAUGACCACGCCCCUGUUUUCCUGAGUCCCCGAUAUGAGGUGUCCCUGUCCAAUAUGGCGGCGGUGGGGUCUGAGGUGCUCCGUGUCACUGCUCUGGACAAAGACACAGGAAGCAACGCAGAGAUCAGCUACUCCCUACACUCUGGUAACACAGACAACAUCUUCUCCAUAGACGCCUCCUCCGGCUCCAUCUCUGUAGCUAAACCUUUAGACCUUCAGCCUCUCGAUCGCUUCCAUCUCACAGUGAAAUCUACCGACCAAGGCUUCCCCCAGCGCUCCGAUCUCUGCUCCGUCCACGUCAACAUCAAGAUUUCAGAAAACACGCCCCCUGUCUUCCAAUCUGAAGACUUUUUAGCAGAAAUCAGUGAAUUCAGCCCUAUAGGAACAUCCGUCAUCACCGUAGCAGCCUCGAGCCCCACUGCAGUACAUUACGGCAUCGAAAGCGGCAACUCGAAUGGCACUUUUCAUAUAAAUCCUUACUCUGGGCUAAUUUCAACGCAAAAACAUAUCGAUUUUGAACGUUUUUCUACGUAUAAGCUCAAAGUUACGGCUUCCACCAACGCUGGCGCUGUAUCCGAAACAACUGUGUACAUUUACGUGAUCGACGAGAAUGACAACGCUCCAGUAUUCGUCAAAAGGGAGUACUUUGGGCAAAUUAGCGAAGCGGCAAACGUGAAUAGCCUCGUAAUGGGAGAAAACAACACCCCGCUGGUCGUCCAAGCCACCGACGCGGACAGAGAUGCGAAUUCCCAGCUUUAUUUUGAAAUCCUAGAGGAAGAAGCGUUGAGGAUUUUCAAGAUAGAUCCAAGUAUGGGGACUAUAUCUUUAAUUUCGAUGGUCGAUUUUGAAAACAAGGACAGGUAUGAGUUCACGGUUCAUGUCAAAGACUCCGGGGAACCUUUAUUGUACGCAACAGAGCCUGCGAAAGUUACAAUCCGAAUCUUGGACCUAAAUGAUUGCCCUCCACAAUUCAGUUCACCUCUGUAUAAGGCAUCGAUCAUAACGCCGCCUGUCAGAAAAGCAGAGGUGGUUCGAGUCAGUGCACACGAUGAGGACUCUACCGUGGUCUACAGCAUCGCGGAUGGAAAUUUCAACAACGCUUUCUCAAUCGAUCAAAAUUCCGGGGUUAUUUCUGUCGACAACGUGUCCGAUUUUAAGCAUUUUUAUCAGCUAGUCAUCCGAGCGAGUGAUGGGCUGUACAAAGACUCCGCCAUCGUAAAGAUAACGCUGACAAACCUCACCGAAACUGAUUUGAAAUUUGAGCAGCAGUUCUAUUCUGCAAGUGUCAGCGAAAAUAGCAAAACACCAAAAAUAUUAGCUGCGUUGAAGGUUUCCGGAUGCUACCUAAACGAACCCCUAACGUACACUGUCAUAAAUCCAAUGGGAAGAUUUGGUAUUUCUGAAACUUCUGGUAUUUUUGAAAGCACCGGUGUCCCUUUUGAUCGAGAAAUUCAAGAUUUAUAUGAGAUUACCGUAAAAGUUGAAGAUUUGCGUGCCCCUCCGAGAACUGCAACCACUGUAGUUAAAGUCUAUAUUGACGAUGUUAACGACAACGCGCCACACUUUUUGAAUUUGCCGUUUUCAGCGAUGAUUUCUGACGAUAUCGAACCGGGAGAUGUUUUGUACCAAGUGACGGCGAUCGACAAAGAUUUGGGCGAAAACGCUAUGGUUGUUUAUUCGCUCGAAGAUAAUUUUGAACUUUUCCGAGUUGACCCAAACGUCGGCGAUGUCUCACUCCAAAGACCUCUUGAUUUCGAAGCUUUGAAUAAAUACGUUUUGACAAUUGUGGCGACCGACGAAGGCGAGCCUAACUACAGCGCAGCAUCGCAGCUAACCAUCCAAAUUCGCAAUAGAACCAAUCCCAUUUUCCAAACGCUACUGUAUCCCUUAAAAGUUCCUGAAAAUGUCCCGCUUUUUGCCACCAUUUUACACGUCCAAGCUCGUAAUCCAGAAGGCUACCGUCUAAUCUACAAUCUCCAAGAAGAAAACGCAACCAAACAUUUUCAUAUUGAUUUUAAAACUGGCGUCUUGACCGUUACAAACCCGCUGGACUACGAAGCCCAAUCAAUGCACAUUUUAACUGUCAGAGCAACCGAUUCAGUCACUGGAGCGUAUUCGGAAGCCACAAUCGAAGUCGAAGUCGAAGAUGUUAACGAUAACGCGCCAAUAUUUUCAAAACUAGCGUAUUCCACAAACAUCGCAGAAGGUUUACCAAUUGGUACAUCAGUUUUACAAAUUUACGCAACGGAUAAGGACUCAGGACGAAACAAAGAGCUUACAUUUCAGUUGAUCAAAACCGAAGGAAACGAAACUGACUUUUUUGAGAUUGACAAGCAAACGGGAUUGAUUACUACCAAGGAAAUUCUCGACUACGAAGACACAACGCAUUUUGAUUUGAAAAUACGUGUCAGCGACAAUGGCACGUAUCCUCUCAGCAGCGAAACUUUUGUGCUCGUGAAUGUAACGGACGUCAACGACAACCCACCUGAUUUCGUAAACCCUCAGUACGAUACUACGCUUGACGAAAUGGCAAAAUGCGGACAUAUUGUUGUUAAAAUUCAAGCUUCGGACAGAGACGCCAACGAUGUCAACAAUCUAAAGUACAAAAUCUUAUCUGGGAACGAAGGGAGAUAUUUUAACAUCAACGAAUCAUCUGGAAUCAUUUCAUUUUCAAACGUUUGCAAAAAGAACCUGGAUCCUUAUUACAAUUUAACUGUAGCAGUGUCGGAUGGUGUGUUUCAGAAAACAGCUCCGGUGAAUAUUGACAUGAUAAAUCGAAAUCGGCAUAGUCCGUAUUUUAAACAGAACAUUUACGAAGCAGAGCUAGCUGAGAAUGCAGAAGCGGGGACUAGGGUGAUCAGACUAGCCGCUAUAGAUCCAGAUGAGGGACAGUACGGAGCUGUGGACUACACUAUUAUCAAUAAACUUGCCGAUGAGAAAUUCAAAAUCGAUAAAGAUGGACAAAUUGUCACAACACAGCCACUGGACAGAGAAUCGCACAGAGUUAUCGCUAUCAAAGUUAUGGCGAGAGACGGCGGUGGUAGAGUUGCGUUUUGCACCGUAAAGAUUAUCCUGACAGAUGAAAACGACAAUGUUCCGCAAUUCAAAGCUACUGAAUACCAAGUUGCAAUUCAGUCCACCGUCAACAAGGGGGCGCCGGUGAUCCAGAUCAUCGCAUAUGACGCAGACGAUGGCAAAAAUGCAGAUGUGACGUACACGGUUGACGAGGUGGAAGAAGUUACCGAAGAUAUCAUCGAAAUCAACCCUUUUACGGGACUGGUUAGCGUCAAGGAAAGUCUUGUGGGCUUGGAAAACAAAAUAUUUAAUUUCAAAGUAAAAGCAAGAGACGGCAGCUUGCCUUUUUACAACUCAACCAUUCCAGUUCAAGUCAAAGUCGUGCCCCCAGAAGUCCCUCUACCAAAAUUUUCAGAACCUUUGUACACGUUUUCGGCAAUGGAAGACAUCCCGGUUGGUACGGAGAUCGGAACAGUCAGAGCCAAAUCGGAUAUGCCGGUUAUCUAUAGUCUUGUAGAUGGGAAUACAGUGGAAAGCAAUAAAGAUAAAGUGUUUAGUUUGGAUGAAGAAAGCGGUACGUUGGUUUUGCAGAAGACCAUCGAUCACGAGAAGACGAAAUGGUAUCAGAUAGACGUAGUUGCUCAAGGAAAUCACAAUGGGACCGAUGUGGCGUCUCUGGUCUCUGUCAGUAUCCAGGUCCAGGAUGUGAAUGACAACCAGCCUGUUUUUGAUGCCAGUCCCUACAGAGCUUACCUGGCUGAGAACAUGCCCGCAGGAACCACAGUCAUACAGGUAACAGCCAAUGACCCUGACACAGAGUCCAAUGGCGUUGUGAGCUACAGCCUUCAGUCUCUCCCCGACGACCCAAGCGACAUAAACCAAAUCUUCACCAUAAACCCGGACAGCGGCUGGAUCACCACGGCAGCAGAAACCGACUGUGAAACCACCAGACUCUACCGUUUCCACGUCAUCGCCACGGACCACGGAGGAGACGUCAAACUUUCCUCCAGCGUUCUGGUGGAAGUCACGGUAACGGACGAAAAUGACAACCCUCCGAAGUUCACCGAAGAGGUUUACCAGGGUUCCAUCGUGGAAAACAGCGAGCCGGGAGAGGUGAUCGUGACCAUGACAACCACGGACAGGGACGUCUCCAUGGAGAACCGCCUGGUCACCUGCUACAUCACAGACGGUGACCCCUUGGGGCAGUUUGCGGUGGUGCAGGUGGAUGAGGGCGUGUGGGGGCUGAUCUCUAAAGAGCCUCUGGACCGAGAGAUCUCCGAGCGCUACAGUCUGAAGAUCACGGCCACAGACGGACGCUUCCAGAGCCCGGUGUCUGUGGAGCUGCACGUGCUCGAUGUCAAUGACAACAGCCCACACUGCCAGCAGCUGCUCUACACUGAGGCGGUGAUGGAGAACUCGCCCACAAACCAGUUCAUCCUGAAGGUGUCUGCGUUUGACCCAGAUCUGGGCUCCAACGGACACGUCUCCUACACCCUCCACGGGCCUGACGCACACAAGUUCCACCUCAACCACAAAACAGGAGAGCUCUUCACCCUCUCCGUGUUGGACCGUGAAGCAGAGGUGGAGUACAACAUGGCCGCCAAAGCCACAGACGGAGGGGGGCGCUCCUGUCAGGCCGACAUCCUGCUCAGAGUCCAGGACAUGAACGACAACGCGCCACAGUUCAGCUCCGCUCUGUACCAGGUCUCUGUGUUUGACAAUACCACGGUGAGGACCCCCAUCGCUGUGCUCUACGCCAAGGACGCCGACACUGGUAUAAACUCGGAGGUGCGCUACUCCCUUGUCUCCGGGGACGAAGGCUUCUUCUCUUUGGAUGAGUUUUCUGGAAUCCUGCGACUGGAGCGGCCUCUGACCUCUGAAGCCCCGCCCAAUUUUCAGAUCAAAGUCAAAGCCACAGACAGGGGCCUUCCUCGCCAGCUGUCGUCCGUCACCACGGUGGAGGUGGAGGUGGUUUCUCUGGACGAAUAUCAGCCCGUGUUCUCCAGCUCCGAGUACACUGCCCAGCUCCCAGAAUCCUUUGCUGUGGGGUCAGAGGUCAUGAGCCUGUCGUCUAUGAGCAGAGAGAGCGCCGAACCCAUCGUUUACCGCCUCGUGUCCGGCAACGACGACGGACGAUUCCACCUGGACAGAGACACAGGUCUGCUGACCCUGGUGUCUGCCCUGGACUAUGAGUUGUGUCGUGAGUAUUACCUGUCAGUGGAGGGCAGCAGGGGGCGCUCUGCUCUCAGUGACAUCACCACAGUGUAUAUAAACGUGUUGGACGUGAACGAUAACCCGCCGGUGUUUGGGAGGGGUGACUACAGCACAGAGGUGUCAGAGGACCUGAGCCCGGGCAGCCUCGUCAUCAAGGUGAUAGCCACGGACGCGGACGGUCCAGGGAAUAGCCUGCUCCGCUUCUCCAUCGUCAGUGGAGACUCGCAGCAGCAGUUCAGCAUCCACCCGCGAACGGGAGACAUCAGCGUGCGCACGGCUCUAGACCGAGAGCAGAUCCCUCACUACUCCCUGACGGUGCUGGCUGCAGAUGAAGGUUCUCCUCCGCUCUCCUCCGCGCUCCUCGUCACCGUCUCUGUGUCCGACGUCAACGACAACCCCCCGCUGUUCAGCUCCGUCAACUACAACCUCUCUGUGCAGGAGGGCGAGGCGGUGGGCAGCACUCUCCUUCAGCUCGUGGUCUCGGACAAAGACACGCCCAAAAAUGGACCUCCCUUCUCCUUCCACAUCGUCAGCGGCAAUGAGGACCGUCGUUUCCAUGUCGACCAGGGCGGACUGCUGUCUCUGUCUGCCCCGCUGCGGAGGAAGAGCCGAGCCAGGCACCAGCUCAAGAUACAGGUGACGGACAGCGGCUUCCCUCCUCUCUCCUCCAUCUGCGUCGUCAACAUCAACGUCACGGAAACCAGCCGCUUCGCCCCCUCCGUCGUCCCGCUCGAAGUCUUCAUCACCACAUCAACCACCCAGUUCUCCAACCGCGCCAUCGGCAAAAUCCACGCCUCCGACCAGGACCUGCACGACACCCUGGUCUAUAACAUGGCCUCCCAAAACCCGCCAGAAUCCAGGUUUUCAGUCGGACUUUCGGACGGCAAGAUCUGGGCAGAGGACAACCUGAAAGAGGGCACCUACUCUCUCAAUGUUAGCGUUUCCGAUGGGAAGUUUGUCGUUUUUACCGGGGUCAGAGUUCACGUGUGGUCUGCUAAUCAGAAAGCGCUGGACGGAGGGAUGACGUUGCAGUUUUCAGGGAUGGGGCCGGAGGAAUUCAUCGGAGAUUAUUGGAAAGGGGUGCAGAGGAGUUUGGGGUCAGAGCUCGGAGUGAGCAAACAGGAGCUACAUCUGGUGAGUCUGCAGCAGAGACCAGAGUCCAAAAUCCUGGAAGUUCUGAUCGUCGUGAAACCCAAGACUGAACCGGCUCCUCCUCUGCCCGUCAACAAGCUGCAAGGUAUAAUCUCAGACAUGGAGGAUGCGUUGGGUGUGACGGUCCUCAGAGUGACCCAUGCAGGCUGCGCAGGUCCAGGCUGUGCCCCCAGAGGCUGCAGGAGCUCGGUGCGGCUGACAGGGGGCAGUGUGGCGCACUACACCACAGCCCGGGCGGGGUACAUCACGCCACACCACGCCUGGGAGAGCGUCUGCCCAUGCAACGAGUCGGCGCUGCGUUUCGACGGGGCGGGGCAUCUGACGUACCUGCCUGAUGUGGAGGAGGAGCGUCCGGACUUCAGGCUGUCUCUGAGGUUCAGGACGGUGCAGGAGCAGGGGGUCCUCAUGUUCACCAACGGGAGCUCAGACUGGGGCAGUUUACAGUUGACCAACGAUGAACUGCACUUUCGAUACCGCUGUGGACAGUCUCCUCCCGGGUCCCUACUGGUCCGAUCCUCCCCUCUCUCCGACAGCCAAUGGCACGCCGUCUUACUGGAGGUCAACUCUACCAUCCUGAGCCUCUCAUUGGACGAUCAGCCCACAGUCUCCGCCCACAUCCCCCACCCGUGUCACAUGACCUCUCCCCACGGUGCAAUGCUGUUCGCCAACGCCACCCAGAUCUCCCCGGAGAUGACACCGAGGCUGUCCCGCAGUUUUAUCGGCUGCUUGGAUGACAUGAAGCUGAACGGGGAGCCAAUCAGAGUGAGCAAUGGAGCGGAGUGGGCGGGGCCUGGCCUGAGGAGGGUGUUUGGGGUUUACCAGUGUUGCCAGAGCGACGGGGCGUGCAGCGGUCAGCCAUGUUUGAACGGAGGAGUCUGUGAAGAAGACGUCAGCGGAGAGGCGGUGUGCAGGUGCUCGGGGCAGUUUCAUGGCCUCUGUGAGCUCACCCAGAACCCCUGUGUGUCCCAACCCUGCACCGACGGGCGAGUCUGUGUCCCCAAAGAGCAGGGCCACAUCUGCAACUGCUCCCACGACCACCCCCACGCCAGGUGUCAUAACAUGGUAGAAGACUGUCCUCCAGACUCAUGUCCCAAAGACUUCGGCUGUAAAGUGGUGCUGGGCUCCAUCCACUGUGACCCCAUGGCUGUGUCUCAGCCCUUGGUGGGUUUUAUGGAGAUUAUCGAGAUCGGCGCAAGCAUUCUGGGUAUUGUCCUCCUGGUGGCGAUCUUCGUUUGUGUGAGGAAGCGUUACGUUCAGCAGCAGAAGAAGAAGCCCGCCUGUGUACAAGACUCCAACGGGUAUUUCCCGUCCGGUCUGUGUAAGAGCCUGAAGUCUGAAGGUGCCGUGAUGACCCCCAUAGAGAUGACCUCCAUGGACCAGGACUCGUCUCCGUUCCGCUCCCUGAGACCUCGCUCUCAGCUGGGCUCGUCCGUGAGCGGGGGCUCCCUGUCCAAACCCCAGGGGCCCGUGGUCUGCAGCGUGGCCCCCAACCUCCCCACGCGCCCCCCCACCUCCGACACAGGCUCCAUCAGGAAGAGCCGCUGGGACCAGGACUACGAAGUGUACCCCGCAGACCCGGACUACUACGGCCGCCCCACCGUCCAGGAGUUCCCCACUUUCGACAUCACCUCCUCCCCUUCCCCUCGCUCCACCUCCCCCCUCCCCUCCACCCAGACCUCCACCCUGGACUCCACCCUGGACUCCAGACGAAACACGCGCUUCGGAGGCUUCCCUUUCCCCCUGGAGCGGACGGACCGGCGCGCCCCCCUGCCCCCCUGCUACAGCAACCAAAACCUGGACGAUUUCCUUGGUCCCGACGGCCUCCCUCUGCCCACCAACCAGUGCCCCAACGAGUACACCGCCAUCAGCUACUACCCGACCAAACACCACACACGCAGUCUGGACAACGUUUCCACCGGCUACAAGCGUCUGAGCAUGCGUCUGAGCGUGGCCAUGCCGUCCUACGCCGAGAAUCCUGAAGUUACACCAGUGCCGGGAUCGAACCAGCAACCCCAGAUCAGACCGCACGCCACCGGGCAGACGCAAAGGACUUUCGAUGGCGGGAGCACGGUUGAAAGUGACUAUGGGAGCUGCGAGGAGGUGAUGUUUUGAGAGGAGUGAGUGAAAAGUUUGCACCAAAAAGUGGUUAGAUAUAAAAAAAGAUAGUAUUUUUUUGGUUCAUUUUUGGAGUAAAUUCGAGAAAAUUUAUGGACAGACGUGCGUUCGGUCCAGUUCAUUAGAGUCUCCGGUUCAUCUCUACGUUCAUGUCUUUGGAUGAAUGAAGGAGGAAGCUACAGUAACACAGGCAGAACAUGCAAAUGACUUUAACUCACAGCGUUAUAAGAAGCAGGAUCUUCUUGAAGUUUGUGUUAUAAAAAAGAAAGAAAUUUUACUACAAUGGAGCUGAACAGUGAUGGGUUCCGAAUUAACUUUCUCGUUCAUUUUUCCGAUAGACUUUCAAAAAAAAAAAAGUAUAGCUUGCUUCGUGGUAAUUAAUGACAACAAAAACUAUAAUUUUAUUCAAAGUCUGUCUCUGAAACUUUAUAAACCGGUAAAUUAUUAAAGCAUUUUGGCAACUAUUGCGUUUUUUAAUUCGAAAAGUCUUCUGGACAAAAGUCACUGUUGACUUCCAUAUGCACUAUUUUAAAAUCAAAACACAAUGAGUAAAUAACAGCUGUGUAAUCUUCAUGAUGAUUAAAGGAGCACUGCGUAACAUUUCUGAUUUCUGAUGGAAGCUAUAUCUGUCGCCAUGGAGACAAGAAUAUCUGCUCACGUCGGUUUAAAGGGCCCAUCUCAUGCAAAAUCAACUUUUCAGAGCUUUCUACCUUCUAAGAGUGAUGUGUGGGCCUUGUAUUUGUCGCCAAAGUGGUUUUUAGAUUGAUUCAGAGUUUUUUUUUAAACAAAUUACAGCGUAUUUCUGCCACCCUCCCAAGUGACAACGAAUUAAAGCUGCUACAACGAUGACGCGGCAGAUACACUUAUGACGCUCCACCACCUCCGCCCCGCCUCCACCUACUCACACACCGUCCUGCGUCUGCACCGUACAGGUCUACUGUUCUGCGUUAUUUAUCUUUGCAGCGUUUUUUUUUUAAGAUUAUCCAAUAUAUAAUUUCGAUAAGCGUGUCGUCACUUUUUUUCUACCUGUUUUAGUUUGACAAACGUUACAUGGUCCUACGAUAUUACUUUGAUACUAACAACAUACUUAGGGCAUCAUUUUAUUUUUUUUUUAUUUUCCGCUUCAGACACACUUAUUACACUUAAUACACUUAUUUGGCUGCGAUGGCAAGUCGAAAUGAUUUGGCAUGUCGACAGAAGAAGCAAGGCGUGCUAAGUGGCUGGAGUUUAUUUCUGGGAAAACAGACAAAAAGGUCCCCAAGAAUAUUUCUGUUUGUGAGCAACACUUCAAUGAAGACUGCUUCAAGAACUACGGCUAUUUUAAAACUGGACUUACAACGAAGCAGAAGCGACACUUUGGAAAAGGAUGCUGUUCCCACGAUACCAGGGUCCAGUGAUGGCGAUCCUGGAUCUGUAAGUUUACUGCUAGUAAACCGCUGAAGAGAACUAAAAGCAAACUGCAGCGUUUAUUUUUGAAGAUUAUCUGACAUAUAAUUUCAAUAUGCGUGUCAUUCCCCUUGUUCUACCUGUUUUAGUUUGACAAACGUUGCGUAGCCCUACGAUAUUACAUUGAUACUAACAACAGACUUAGGGCAUCAUUUUAUUCUAGUGAGUCGACUUCAAUGCUUCUGCACGAUAACAAAAUGGCGAUUACACCUCAGUCAUUACGACCACUGAUGUUUAGUGGUCGCCUGUACAGAUUAUGACCACCUCAUUUGAUCGAACAUUAUUAUAGGAUUCAAGUUUGCCCAAUUAUGACUUCUGCCUCAAGAGCCUACGUCACGUUUGGAGGGCGGAGCCUGUGCUUUCUCAGGACGGGCGGGGGGAUGAGUAAUAGUCGGUCUUUCAUAGUUCCUGGUCUGUGACUGUCUCCAACAAAUCAGUAAGAUUUCAUAACUAUUGUGUAAUGGAUGUUCCAAAACCCAAAUUGUGCUUGUUUAUGUGCAGAAGAUACAACGUGAAAAGAGUUAUUUUGCAUGAGACGGGCCCUUUAAGCGAUAAAACCACUCGCAGUUACAUGUACGACGGAUAUGUUCAGUGCCAUACUGGGAAACAUUUCAAGCAAAGCAAUCGCAUCUCCAUGGAGACGAGCAGGUGGCAAGAACGCGCACCAGAAAAGUUACAUGAUGCAGCUUUAUAUGGAUUCCAAAAAUCCUUCAGUGAAAAGUAUUAAGAAAUGUGUUGUUAAUGAGAAUGUGUUGUGGUAAAUUUCUGAUCCAUUUUUUUUGUUUACGUUGCAAGUUGUGAUAGAUUUCCAGAAAUAACAAAAUGACAUUCAAAAAAAUAUGUAUUUACAACAAAUGUGAUAACCAGGACUGUUGCAUUCUGGGAAAAACACCUGCUUUUGACAGAUAAACACACUUCAUUUUAAGUUUACCGAGCGGAGGCGAUGAUAAGAAUUGUGGGAGUACUUUUGACGUUAAGCACAUUUUAAAGAAAACAUUUCAUAGACGUUGAAACUUGUUUGUGUUGAGUGAAGGGGCUGGACCCUCGGAACAAAAACAAAGAUGGAGGAAGUGAGGAAGAGGAGGAGGAAGAGGAGGGGGAGGUAGAGGAGGAGGUGGUGUUUUUGUGAAGUUACUGCUGUUUGUGACACUGUUGAACAAGGCUCAUUCAGACCUGGGGAAAAACUGUAGGAUGGUCAAUGGUUUAUGGUCAAUUACUACUACUACUACUAUUACUACUACUGUUACUACUACUGUUAUUGAUACUACUACUGCUUAUAAUACUACUAAUAAUACUACUACUACUAUAACAAGGACCAUCGCUAAAACUAAACUCUUCUCAUUUAGAUUUAUUUUGUAUAUUUAGAAAUAUUGGCUGGUUUAGUCCUGGUUUAGUCCUGGCCCAG